AUGAAUAACUCAGAAAAUAAAAAUUUAUAUUUGACAAAAAUAUUACCUUUAUUUGGAGAUCCUAUCUUAAAAAAAACAACAAAAGAUAGAAUGUUAAAUAAAUAUAAUAUGGAAAAUUUAAAUGCUAUACCAAAUAGUAAUUUAAAUAAAAAAACUAAUACUAAAAUUAUAAAAUUAAGUAAUGUAUUAGGACUUUAUUUAAAAGGCUUAAAUAUAUAUAAUUUUCAUUUAAAUAAUUAUAUAAAUAAUAAUAAUAAUAAAGAUUUAAUUUUACAUUUAAAAAACCAACAGAAACAAACAACAAAUAUCGAAAGUUUAAAUAAAAAAAACUUCUCUAUGGAAAAAGAAAAUACAUUUAAUACAAAACUAUCUACUUUAUUAAAAGUUUUAAAUAAAUAUCUUAAUAUUACGGAUUCUGGUGCCAGCAUUAAUAAUCUAGGACAGAAGAAAUCAAAUAAAAAAAGUUUAAACUUAGACCUUCGAACGUUACGAAUCCUUCCUUCGGAUUCUGCUUUCCUCGCAACUUCUUCAAAUAAAACUAAUUUAUUUAAAAAAAAUAGAAAAAUACAGAAACUUCAAAUUAUUUCUAAUUUCUCUAAUUUGAAUUCUGACUUACAAAGUAACAAACCUUUAAAUUUAGGAUUAAAAUCUGAAAAUAAUAAUAAAGAAAAUUUUUCUUCUUUAGCUUUAUCCCAAAAAAUAAUAAUUAAGAAUAGUAUAGUUAAUGCUAAAACGGAUUUAAUUAAUGAUUCUGAGAAUCUGUUACAAAAAUUAAUUAAUACUCGACUGUGGAAAAAAUUAAUUUCUCCUAGUCAUAUACUUUCUUUAGGUGCGAGCGAAGUAGGCGGAGAUAAUUCAGAGUUUGUAUUCCAAUUAGAUGGAAAAAAAGGUGUAGAUAAAAUUAAAUUACUUAAUUCUUUAUUACAUCCUUCCUCUACAAAAAUUUCUAAAUUUGCAUCCAAAAGUUAUAUAAAAAAAUUAAUACUAAAGGGUUUAUCCUUAGGAAUCAUCUCAAGAACAGAUCUCUCUAAUACAAAAAAUCUCAAAAUCAAAGGAUUAAAUUUAUUAGAAAUAAUUUUAAGUAGUAUAAUUGCAAUUAAAAUUUUAAAUUCUAAAAUUAGUUUAAAAAGAAAAAAAAUUAGAUUACUAAAAUAUAUUAAUUUAGCCUCUGAACUUUCAAGAUCUAAUAGUAAUAAUAAAAAUAUUAAUAAUAUUUCAUUCUCUUAUUUAAAUAAUAAUCAAAAUAAUUUGUCUAAUUCUUCAAAUAAAAAUAAUUUUUUAAUACCAAUUCAAAAUAAAAAUAUCCCUGUAGUUUAUAAUAAUAAAUUAGCUCCUAUAAUUAAUCAAUAUAUUAAAUCAAUGACUAUUUUUAAUAUGAAAAAUAAAGGUUCUAUUUUCUCUUAUUCAAGUAUAAUUGGUUUUAAUUUUUUAAGUAAAAAUAAUAAAUUAAUUAAAAAUGUUUAUAAAUUUUUAUCUACUUCUUUUUAUUCUAUGUAUUGUUUAAUUAGUAAACCUGUUUUUGUUAUUACUCCUGAUAAAAUUAUUAUUCAAUUGUUUUAUUAUUUAUUUAUUCCUAAUUUAUUUAAAUAUAAAAUUAGAAAUAGAAAAAAAUUCUUUAAUAGACUUUUAAAAAGUAAAAGAGCUAAAUCGAAUAGAAAUUUUGUUAAUAAUCAAAAUAAAUUUAGAUUCUCUAAUAAAUUCAAAUAUAAAAAAAUUAAAAAAGCACAAAGAAAAAUAUUUAGAAAACUAUCUAAUAUUAGUUUAAUUAAUUUAUAUCCCAAUAAAUUUAAAAAAAUUUGUUUAAUUUUAAGUCGUUUCUUUAAAAAACCUGUAGAAUUAGAUUUAAUUAGAUUACAUUAUCCUUAUAAUGAUAGUAAUAUUUUAGUUAAUCUAUUAGGAAUUAUGAUUAAUAAAAUUAAAAUUAGAAUUAUUAUUAGAAAACUAUUUAGAAAAGCUAUUAUUAAAAACCCUAAUAAAUUAGAAAAUAAAAAUUUAACUAUUUUACCUUCUUUCUUAUCAGGAAUGAAUAUUAGAAUUGCUGGUAGAUUAUUAACUCAAAAAGUAGUACCUAGAAUGACAGUUAAAACAAUUAGAAGAGGAGUAUUAGCUAAAAGUAAAGUUAACUUCUCUGAUGUUGCUAGAUUAACUAAAAAAAAUAAAAGAGGUGCCUUUAGUAUUACAAUCUCUUCAGGACAAAAUUUUAAAUAG